AUGAGAGUAUGGGCAUUUGCAGCGAGGCAGGCCAGGGCCGGUCACUGGGAGCGACACGCUCUCGACCGCGAAAGGUUUAAACGAAGAAUAGCUGAUGUUGAUAUGGCAGUAUCUUGGGUCCUCAAGCCCCAGCAUAGAUCCCUGGUUAUGUUCCAGCGGUUUAUGCCUUGGUGGAACGCUCAGAAAAGAAAAGAAUUAGCCGAAAAGAAGCAAAAAGAAAUGGAAGAAAAAAAUGCCGAGGAAAAUAAUAAAAUAAGUGAUAUGUCGCACGCAGAAAUAGUUAAAGAGUCAGGUGUAAAUGUUGAUGCAAACGGUAAGUCUGGCGCAAAAAUUGUUACGGAUUUAGAUGAAAAGAUCAAAAUAAAUAAGAAAUCUGACGAUAAAAUAAUAUCAGAGCCAGAUGUUAAUAUAAAUAACGUAAAAGAAAUUAAAAUUACUUCACCCACAGAAGUAAACGAUCGAAGUAAAAAAAUCGUUAAUGGUUUUAAAAGUAACAUUGUAUUACUGAAGGAACCUGCUAACAUUUGCAGUAAAUCAGACAAUACGGAAAAAGAUAUGAAAAAUUUAAAAGAAACGCACAAAGUUCUAACGGACAACGAAGUAGAACUAAUUGAUGAUAAAAUUAACGCCCUAAAAUUGGGUAUACCAGGCAAAGAUAGAGACGCAUUAACAACUUGA